ACGGGUGGGCGUGGGGGGGCUGUUGUGUUUGGGUGCCUCCCCAGAAAGGAGCCUAAGAGACCGUUGCCAUGUUCCCGGAGCCUCCAACCGCUCGGCCUCCAGCGCCCGACACCCCUCCAGACUCCAGUCGCAUCAGCCAUGACCCUGUGCCUGUCUGGGCCCUGGCCACCAUCACACUGCUUUCAGCCUUCGUGGUCUUCAGCUGCUGUUUUUGUCUCUACCGGAGGCGAUGUGGGAGGCGGAUGGCGAAGAAGAGUCCAGCCCAAGCACAGGUCCACCUCCAGGAAGUGAAGGAGCUGGGCCUGAGCUACAUAGACAAGGUGCAGCCGGAAGUGGAGGAGCUGGAUCCGGCACCGCUGGGGUCAGGACAGCCAGCCGCAGAGAAGCAUGCGCUAGGGCGGCUCCAGUACUCACUGGAUUAUGAUUUCCAGAGCGGCCAGCUGCUAGUGGGCAUCCUACAAGCGGAGGGCCUGGCAGCCUUGGACCUGGGCGGCUCGUCUGAUCCCUACGUCCUGGUCUACCUGCUGCCUGACAAGAGGAGGCGCUAUGAGACCAGGGUGCAUCGGCAGACACUGAACCCGCACUUUGCGGAGACCUUCGCCUUCAAGGUUCCCUACGUGGAGCUGGGGGGCAGGGUACUGGUCAUGGCAGUGUAUGACUUUGACCGCUUCUCCCGCAACGAUGCCAUUGGCGAGGUGCGGGUUCCUAUGAGCUCGGUGGACCUGGGACGGCCGGUGCUGUCCUGGCGGGACCUUCAGGCAGCGCCUGGCGAGGAGGAGGAGAAGUUGGGGGAUAUCUGCUUUUCCCUCCGCUAUGUCCCCACGGCUGGGAAGCUCACCGUCAUUGUCCUAGAGGCAAAAAACCUGAAGAAGAUGGACGUCGGCGGGCUCUCAGACCCCUACGUCAAGGUCCACCUGCUGCAGGGCGGUAAAAAGGUGCGGAAGAAGAAGACGACCAUUAAGAAGAACACUCUGAACCCCUAUUACAAUGAGGCCUUUAGCUUUGAGGUGCCCUGUGACCAGGUUCAGAAAGUGCAGGUGGAGCUAACUGUGCUGGACUAUGACAAGCUGGGCAAGAACGAGGCCAUCGGGAGAGUGGCCGUGGGGGCGAUGGCGGGCGGGGCUGGGCUGCGGCAUUGGACAGACAUGCUGGCCAGCCCGCGGCGGCCCAUUGCUCAGUGGCACUCGCUGCGCCCCCCUGACCGGGUCAGGCCACUGUCCGCACCCUGAUCUUGCCCUCCUGCCAUGAGUCCUCCUGGGACUGGGCUCCCGUGGCACACCCAGGCCU